UCCAAUCCAGCAAAACAUUUUGGUCUGCUUCGCUUUGCCCGUGUACAGAAGCAGUCAACCGCGAAGCAAAAUGGCAACAAAGAUUCAAGGAAUGAGUUCCACCUUCCGCAAAUCCUUCCAGCUUGCGCCGAAGGACAUGGCAAAGUGGUUUCCGACGCACAUGUACACCGGCAUGAAGGAUAUGCAGCGCAAACUCAAGAGCGUCGACUGCAUCCUGGAACUUCACGACGCUCGAGUGCCUUUUAGUGGAAGAAACCCAAACUUCGCAACGAUGCUGACGGCAAUCAAGCCGCACCUGUUGUUACUCAAUAAGAGAGACCUCGCAGAUCCGGACAUGGAGCAUCAUGUAGUGCAACAGCUGCAAGCGCAGGGAGUCCGAAACGUUUUGCACAUUCGGAGCUCCGAUCCCAGCGAAAACAUCAACAAAAUCGUGCCGACAGUCGCAAACAUGGUCCGUAACUCGGAGCGCUUCAAUCGGAGGGAGGAGUAUGACUACAACAUAAUGGUGAUUGGGAUCCCCAACGUGGGCAAGUCUUCGCUGAUCAACUCUCUGAGGCGGAACCACCUCGGACGGAAAGGCCAGGCAACCAGAGUAGGUGCCAAGGCUGGAGUCACCAUGUCGGUGUUGGAGCGGAUCAAGAUCUCCCAGGAGCCGUCCAUGUACCUGCUGGACACACCCGGCGUACUCUGCCCCACCGUGAAGGACCCCGUGGUGGCACUGCAGCUGGCGCUUUGCAGCUGCAUGCCAGACCACCUGGUGGGCGUGACCCUGAUAGCAGACUACCUCCUGUACUGGCUGAACCAAAACAACAACUACAGCUACGUGGACUACCUGGGUCUGGACGGCCCCUGCGACGACAUCCGGCUUGUGCUGUACCAGGCGGCCGUGGCAGCAAAGUCUACGUUGAAGCGGCGCACGCACGAGGGCUGGAGCGUCCGACCCAACCUGGACGCAGCGGCCCAGCAGUUCAUCCGGGGCUUCCGACAGGGCCUCUUGGGACGCGUCGUAUUUGACGCCCCGACCUGGUGACCGCUUCGGGAACAAAGCUUUAUUGGCCCUCUGGUGAAACUGAUAUGUACAACCCAACAAUGUACAAAAACAAAGGUGUCAGCCCAAUGCUAAGAGACUGUGUGACGCAAAACUCGAGUGUCCCAAGAGCCAAGCUGGUCUGGCGACGGCGGCAGCGCACGGGCGGCUGGAGCCGGGAGAGUCUUGUGGCCGGGCGGCUCGGCUCGGCUUCAGGACUUGUGGUUGGAGGUGAGCCAGGUGAGGCCCUCGAACAAGCCGUCCCCCGUUGUCGCACACGCCGGCUGCACGUACCAGUUGCGG